AACCGGGUUGAAAAAUCAUUUAAAAAAAACCCCCCAAAGCCACCGCCGAGCUCCAUGGCUGGGGCUGCCUUGGCACCGAGAACGUCCCUGACAUGCGGGCGGCAGCCAGAGCAUCUGUGCCGGAGGGCUCGGGGUGGCGGUGGGGAGGGAGAGAGGAAAUCUGGAACCCAUAAGCUCCAGAGCCGCUGGCGUUCCCCUGCAUUGGUCUGCGCCCGGUCCGCCCCCGCCCCGCUCGCCCUAUCAGCAGGAGCCGUUCCCGAAGCCAUCCCAGAGCCCUCCUCUCCUGGCCCAAAGGAAAAGCCAAGGAGCUCCUUGGAGGGCUCUGCGGGGCUUGGGGCGCCCGGGGAGCCCCAGGGCGAAUGCUCCGGGCCGCGCCUCGGGAGCCACCGCCGGCUCCUCCGCAGCGCAGGGAGCCGAGGAGAUGAAGGAGGAGAACCCGUCCCCGGAGUCCCCCGAGGGCAGCGCGGCCACCAGCGAGGACGAGGCCGAGCGGCUGCCCAGGAAGAGCGGCCGCAAGCGCGGGCAGGGCCCCGGCGGAGCCCCCUCGCCGCAGGGCAAGCGCAGCCGGCGCAGCCCGGCCCCGCAGCCCCCCGAGGACGCCCACGCCCAGCGCGUCAUCGCCAACGUGCGGGAGCGCCAGCGCACCCAGUCCCUCAACGACGCCUUCGCCGAGCUGCGCAAGAUCAUCCCCACGCUGCCCUCGGACAAGCUCAGCAAGAUCCAGACGCUCAAGUUGGCCGCUCGCUACAUCGACUUCUUGUGCCAGGUGCUGCAGAGCGACGAGCUGGACCACAAGGUCGCCACCAGCUGCAACUUCCUGGCCCACGAGAGGCUCAGCUACGCCUUCUCCGUGUGGAGGAUGGAGGGCGCCUGGUCCAUGUCGGCGUCCCACUGAGCCGGGUCUCCGCCUCGAUGGAAGCAGCUCCAGCACCCAAAACCCCCAGGAGCCUCCCCGGAGAGAGGAGGGAACGACCCCCAAACCCCCAACAGCCCCGGGGACCCCAAAAACUUUGGGAAUGAGCCCGAGGGAGCCGCGGCAGGAGCUGCUUUGAGGGUUCAGACGCUGCUGGAGGAACUCGGGGCUGGGAUUUAUUGUGGGCUCGCAGGUAAGGAACCGUCCCCACUUCCAGCCCUUCCCGGAGCCUCCGGGAGCUGCCUCGAGCAGGAAAAUGGGGCUGGAGCCCCCCCAGGAGCCCCCCAAGGACCUCGGGGGUCCCCCCGCUUCCAUCCCGCCCCGAAGGCUCCGCGCCGGGCCGCUCCCAUGGAUUGUGCUCCCCCACGGAUGAGGAUUCGGGGAGAUUUGGGGGCGCUGACCCCCCCAGUUCCUUGGGAUCCAUCAGGAAUCGAGGCUGGAGACGGAGCCGCCGGGAAUUUGGGGAUUUCGGGGCCGUUUUGGGGACUCUGAGCGGGUUUGGGCUCUUUCGGGGUGUGGAGAGGGCAGGGAAAGGACGAUGGAGGUGUUGGGGCGCCCAAAACGACCCCAAUAAAGCCCAGGGGGAAUGUUCCAGGGUCCAAUCCUCGUUUUUCCUACGGAAAUGGCGCUGCCGGGCCCCCCCUGCACCGCCCUCGGCUGGACUGCUUUUAUUGGAAUCAGGCAAAAAUAAAAAUCAGGUUUUUUGCCUGUUAUGGCAGAAAAAGAGGGGGAAAUCCCAUCCGGGGAGGCCACAACAGGCCUGAACCCCCAAAUAUUCCAUGGGAGAGGAAUUCCUGUGGUGAUCAGAUUUGGGACGCGCCAGAGAAUCCACGGAGGAGCCACAGGAAGGCCCCGAGUGACUUUUGCUACCCAAUUCCCAAUUUUUACUGCAGCGGGAGCGGAUUCCCUGCUCCGGGGAGCUGACUGCAGCCUCCAAAAAAAACCUGGAGGUGCUUAAAAAAAAUCAAAAUUCUGUUAAAAACGGGGCUGUGGUGGCUUCGUUCGGCACCUCACGGGAAGGAUUUCACAGCUGAGAAACAAAAUCGGCUUCAGAAGUGAAAAUCUUCUUUCAAAAAAUAAUAAAUUGCGCUUGAAAAAUAAAGGGGAAAAAACUUAUCUGUGGAGUGAGAUUCCAGUUUCCAGCCAACAAUUUUUUUCAAAAAGGUGAAAUAUAUUUAAAAAAAAAUGUUUUCAAGUAUUUUGGUGCCUCUUGUUUGUUUAAAAAAAAAAAA